AUGCGCAAGGUUGUUCAAUCAUCAAUUUAUGAGAGAGGCGAGGCUUGGAAGAGAGCCAUUCGUCGCAUCCGCGGUCUCCAAGCCGAUGGACAAACAUCACAAUUUAAUUUGGACGAUGUUAGGAAUGUCAUUCGUGGCGCCAAAUCAUCCAAGGCGUUGGGCCCCUACGGAAACUCUACACUAACUCUGAAGAAUCUGGAUCUACCCGGAGUCAACUCUUACACAUUCUCCCCACAUGCCACAGCAAUAUGCAAAAAGAUCGAAAGUAGAAACAAGAUCCUCAAGUCUCUUUCCGGCAGUACUUGGGGUGCUGACAAAGAAACCUUAAUGACCACUUACAAAGCCAUAUUGGCCGCUCUGUGCAAUUUAGAAAUUUCGCUUCAAUUUUCUGUGGUUGCUGUGAACAACAACAACAUCAGCAGCGAUAUAAGUUGUAGUUGUUUGUUCACUUUCCGAAAACUCAAACACAAAUCAUGUCGUACAUUUCCGGUUGAACACCACAAAGCGAAGAUUGUGGUCUCUGGCAAUCAUCAUGAAAAUGAUGCCACCGCCAAUGAUGCUGAUAAUGCCAGUGGCCUUACGCUGUUACCGUAUGAACCACAAAUGGUGCGCUACAUAAACGAUUCGUUCAUGGUUCUGUGCCGUAGUCCAACACCGGAUGCCAAGCUACACUGGAAAUCGCCCAAAGGUGAAACAAUCAAAGAGCACAAAGGACGCAUUCAUAUCGAAGCAAGCUCCAAAACAGCAGAAUUGAAAUUGGUUUUUAUGCAUCUCACAUUGGACGAUAAAGGCAAUUGGUCGUGUGUCGAUGCUGAGGGUGCCAAGACUGGAAAUAUGUUUGAUUUAAUAGUCUAUCAGAAAAUUACAUUUACGGAAAAUACGUCCGUUUUAACGGUCAAAGAAGGCGAAAACACCACAAUUUGGUGUGAAGUUACUGGUGAACCUCAGCCCAACAUUACGUGGUAUUUCAAUGGCGAAUUCAUACCCAACAUUGAGAAUGCAGCCAAAUUCAGAUAUUUGGGUGAUGGAUUAAGUGUCAGCGCAGUUACGCAAAAUGAAACUGGUGAAUAUACGUGUCGUGCUUACCAAGUCAGCAGCAUUGCAUCAGAUAUGCAGGAACGAACCAUUCUGAUGAAAAUCGAACACAAGCCCAUAUGGACACAUCCGGAAGUGCCAAACGAUCAUUAUGCAUAUUUUAGUGGGACUACGCAAUUUGUGUGUGAAACCCAGGCCGAACCAGCAGCCAAUUUUACAUGGUAUCGUGGCAAAAACAAAAGCAAAAUCACCAACGACAAACACUAUCACAUCGAACACGAUAAUCACAUUUCCAUACUGCACAUCAAUGCAUCACACGAACGGGUAUUCGACACCUACCGAUGUAAGGCCAAAAAUCACUUGGGUUCCAUUGAACGCUCGAUGACAUUGAGACGUGGCGAGAAGCCACCAAAACCACUUCCCUUGGCCUUGCGUGGCCUCAACUCACACACAUUCGAUAUCGAGUUGACGACCCCCAAGAAUGUCUCCACCGAGAUGCCAGUGAACGGCUACCGCAUCGAGUACAUCACAGAAUUUCAGUUCACCAAAGAUCUGCACACCUGGACCAAUGCCAAGCACAAAGAUUACGCUUAUGCCAGUGGUGCCACUUUCUUGCUUAACAAUCUGGAGGAAAACACCACUUAUAUGGUACGUGCUGCCUCGCGUAAUGCGGCCGGUUUCAGUGAUUGGACAGACUUUGAAACAUUACGCACGAGGUUCAAUCAGACCAGUGGCUCAUCAUGCAGUGUUUGCUCAUCUUUCACCCACAUUUUGUGUUUCGUUUUGAUAGCCUUAAUGUUAAGCUCUGAUCUAACAUUGGCCAAUCCCGUACGAACCAUUUUCCAGGGUGUUCGUUUCCAGGCCACAACGUCAAUUGCAGCUCAGGGGAUUUUGGGUGCUGACGUUGGCCGCUUGUGAGUUCAUCGUCUUCGACAGACGACCAUCAGCAUCACCACCAACAACUUCAGGCGACAGCGAUUGCUGUUUACUUUUAAUUUUAAGUGACCGAACAAAAACGCUUAGUCCAGUAUUUUCUGUCUUUGUGCGGCCUUUAAGUCCUUGUGGUUUUUUGAAGUCCUGUUUUUCGUUUUGCUUUUUGCUUUUUGGAAUCUUUUUUAUGUUUGUUGAUUUUUGCCUUUAGUUUGCUUUAAGUCUUCUGUUUUUCUCAUAGUUGGCCAACUGCAAAAGUGCGAUUGUAGGCGAUGAAGAUGUGGAAAAGACUUGGUGAACUCUUAUAAUUUUUUUUUUUGUUAAUCUUUAGUAUAUCCUUUUUGGUUCUGUUGCUUAAAUUAGGUCAGUUUUAUAUGCUCUUUGCUACCAUCAAGAAAAUAUUUAAUAAGUAAAUGAAUGUUUUUUUUUUUGCAUUUGUGUCAAGAGGGCAAAAUUCAAUUACAUUUUUUAGGCUCUGUAACAUGCGUCUGAGGUUGCCAGUAAAUGUGAAUUGCAAAUUCUGUAAGGACGAGUUAUGUGCUGACUUGAACAUAAAGAGACUGUAUAAUAAGAGAGUGCAAAUUGGAACUGUUAUGGUUAUUGCAUAAAGACUUACUGUUUCAAUUUGUAUAAACUUUUUAAUGUAGUUCAUCCAUGUCUGGUCAUUGAUUACGGAUGCAAUGGCUUAAACACAAUAAUCCAUCACUCGCAUUCCUACUUGUAUCUUACUUAACACUCUAGUGACCAGAGACUGCAUCCAUAGUAAGGAUUCCACAUAUAAACUUCUUCUCUGUUCAUCAAAUCAACAGGAAGAGUCGCGUCACUUUGCUCUUUAAUAUCUUACUUAGUCCAAAGUAGCAUCGAUAAGCCAAAAUUAUUCUUAUUUUGAUCUCGAAACUGAUAUGCAUAUAACUCAGAUGCCUGCCCCCACGGUCCAAAUCUAUGCGCCCCAUGGGCGAUACGGAGCGAACUUUUCGGUCUGACAUGAUUGUUCUUCAGAAUUCAAGAUUUCUUGCUUCUUUUUUUUAUUUUUAUACCCUCCACCAUAGGAUGGGGGUAUACUAAUUUCGUCAUUCUGUUUGUAACUCCUCGAAAUAUUCGUCUAAGACCCCCUAAAGUAUGUAUGUUCUUGAUCGUCAUAACAUUUUUUGUCGAUCUAAAUAUGUCCAUCCGUCUAUCCCUCUGUCCGUCCGCCCGUCUGUCUGUCGCACGCUUACUUUCGAAGGAGUUACGCUAGCCGCUUGAAAUUUUGCACAAAUACUUCUUAUUAGUGUAGGUCGGUUGGUAUUGUAAAUGGGCCAUAUCGGUCCAUGUUUUGAUAUAGCUGCCAUAUAAACCGAUCUUGGGUCUUGACUUCUUGAGCCUCUUAGAGUGCGCAAUUCUUAUCCGAUUGGAAUGAAAUUUUGCACGACGUGUUUUGUUAUGAUAUCAAACAACUGUGCCAACUAUGGUCUGAAUCGGUCUAUAUCCUGAUAUAGCUGCCAUAUAAACCGAUCUUGGGUCUUGACUUCUUGAGCCUCUAGAUGGCGCAAUUCAUAUCCGAUUUGAAUGAAUUUUGGCACGACGUGUUUUGUUAUGAUAUCCAACAACUGUGGCAAGUAUGGUUGAAAUCGGUUUAUAACCUAAUAUAGCUGUCAUAUAAACCGAUCUGGGAUCUUGACUUCUUGAGCCUGUAGAGGUCGCGAUUAUUAUCCGAUUUGGCUGAAAUUUUGUACAACGGAUUCUCUCAUAAUCAUCAAUAUACGUGUUUAUUAUGGUUUGAAUCGGUCUAUAGCCCGAUACAGUUCCCAUAUAAAUCGAUCUCUCUAUUUUAUUUCUUGUUUUUUUUAAUUUCCCCAUGUGUAAACCACCAUUCGUCAUAAUCCGGUGAAAAAUGCAUAAUGUAUGCCCCCAUAGCAGUUAUAUUGAAAUAUGGUUCGAUUUGGACCAAAUUCGGCACGGACAUUGAGUGGUCUAAUAAGUACAAGUCAUUGUUAAAUUAGAUAGCUAUAUACAAAUAUAAACCGAUUUGGACCAUGUACUACACGGAUGUCAAGAAUCGCCACUGUGUCAAAUUUCAGCGAAAUCGUAUAGUAAAUGUGCCUUUUAUCUUUUAUCUGGACCAAUCUGGACCAAAUUGAAGAGGGAUGCCGAAGGGCCUAACACAACUCACUGUCCUAAAUUUCAGCGAAAUCGGACAAUAAAUGCGAGUUUUAUGGGCCCAUAACCUUAAAUCGAGAUAUCGGUCUAUAUGACAGCUAUAUCGAAAUCUGAUCUGGGACAAAACACAACUCACUGUUCCAAAUUUAGGCGAAAUCGGACACUAAAUUCGUAUUUUAUGGGCCCAAUACCUUAAAUCUAGAGAUCGGUCUAUAUGGCCGAUCUUAGCCAAAUUUAAGGAGAAUGUCGAAGAAUCUAACAAAACUCACCGUCACAAAUUUCAGCGAUAUCGGACAAUAAAUGCACCUUUUAUGGGCCCAAGGCCUUAAAUCGAGAGAUCGGUCUAUAUGGCAGCUAUAUCGAAAUCUGAUCUGGAACAAAUUAAAGAAGGGAUGUCGAAGGGCCUAACACAACUUACUGCCCCAAAUUUCGGCGAUAUCGGACAAUAAAUUCUUCUUUCAUGGGCCCAAGACCUUAAAUCGAGAGAUCGGUCUAUAUGGCAGCUAUAUCGAAAUCUCUACCGAUCUAAAUCAUAUUGCAGAAAAUUUUCGAGGGGCCUAAUACAACUCACUGUCCCAAAUUUCAGCAAAAUGUAAUAAUAAGUGUGGCUUUUAUGGGCCUAAGACCUUAAAUCGGGGGAUCUGUCUAUAUGGAGGCUAUAUCAAGAUGAAGGCCGAUAUAGCCCAUCUUCGAAUUUAACAAAAAGAGAAUCUGUGCAAAGUUUCAGCUCAAUAUCUUUUUUUUUUAAAGACUGUAGCGUGAUUUCAACAGAAAGACGGACGGAUAUGGCUAGAUCGUCUUAGAUUUUUACGACGAUGUGUUGCAACCGAAAUGACAAAAUGAAUAUACCUCCAUCUUUCGGCGGUGGGUAUAAAAAAUUGUCAGUACUAUCAAGAGUUAAGAAGAAAUAUAUCAAAACUAUCAAACUAUCGAUAGCUUACCAGCUCUAAAUCGUCCUAAGGACGUUUUGACGUAGAGAUGGGUUUCUACCGGGUAAAUACCCAAUGCCAUAGGAUGGGGUAUAUUAAUCUAGUCAUUCCAUUUGUAACAUGUCGAAAUAUUCGUCUUAGACCCCAUAAAGUAAAUAUAUUCUUGAUCGUUUCGACGUUUUGAGUCGAACUCGCCAUGUCCGCCCGUCCGUCUAUCGAAAUCACGAUAGCGAUCGGACGCGUAAAGCUAGCCGCUUGAAAUACACACAGAUACUUCUUAUUGAUGCAGGUCGUUGGGAAUUGCAAGUUGGCCAUAUCGGUUCAGAUUUGGAUAUAGCUCCCACAUAAGCCGAUCUCAAAAUUUGACUUCUUGAACCCCUGGAAGCCGUAAUUUUUGUCCUUCCUCGAUGCCUACCACAAUAUCUCAGAAGUUUGGUCAAAAUCGAUUCAGAUAUAGACGUAGCUCCCAUAUAUAUGUUCGUCAGACUUUGGGUAAUUCGCAAUAACCGUAGUUAUUAAAUUUUGAACAUAUUUGCUUAGUUCGAAAUUUUUAUGGGGAUUUUAAUGACCCAUCUGAAAACAUCCGCGGAGGUCCAUCAAAAUUGGUUCAGAAUUGGAUAUAGCUCCCACAUUGUACUUAUAGGGCAGGUGUAAGGUAUUAUACAGUCGGCACCGCCCGACUUUUGCCUUUCCUUAUUGGUUUUACUAGUUUUUAUACCCUCCACCAUAGGAUGGGGGUAUACUAAUUUCGUCAUUCUGUUUGUAACACCUCGAAAUAUGCGUCUGAGACCCCAUAGAGUAUAUAUAUUCUUGAUCUUCAUGUCAUUUUAAGUCGAUCUAGCAAUGUCCGUUCGUCUGUCUGUUGAAAGUACGCUAACUUUCGAAGGAGUAAAGCUAGUCGUUUGAAAUUUUGCACAAAUACUUUUUAUUAAUGUAGGUCGGUUGGGAAUGUAAGCGGGCCAAAUCGGUACAUGAUUUGAUGUAGCUGCGAUAUUAACCGAUCUUGAGUCUUCAUUUCUUAAGACCCCAGAGGACGCAAUUCUCAUCCGAUUUGGUUGAAAUUUUGCACGUGGUUUUUUGGUAUCACUUCUAACAACUGAGCUAAGUAUGAUUCAAAUCGGUUCAUAAUCUGGUAUAACUAAACCGACCUUGGAUCUUGACUUCCCGAGCCCAUAGAGCGCGCAAUUCUCAUCCGAUUAGGCUAAAAUUUUACACGACGUAUUUUCUUAUGACUUCCAACAACCGUGCUAAGUAUGGCGCAAAUCGGUACAUAACUUGAUAUAGCUGCCAUAUAAACCGAUCUGGGGUCUUGACUUCUUGAGCCACUAGAGGACGCAAUUCUCAUCCGAUUUGGUUGAAAUUUUGCAUGAGGUGUUUUGUUAUGACUUCCAACAACUGUGCUAAGUAUGGUGCAAAUCGGUACAUAACCUGAUAUAUCUGCUAUAUAAACCGAUCUGGGAUCUUGACCUCUUGAGCCUCUAGAGGGCGCAAUUUUCCUCCGAUUUGGAAGACAUUUUGUACAACGGCUUCUCUCAUGACCUUCAACAUACGUAUCUAAUAUGAUCUGAAUCGAUCUAUAGCUUGAUACAACUCCUAUAUAAACCGAUAUCCCGAUUUUGCUCCUUGAGCCCCUACAGUGGGCAAUUCUUAUCUGAAUGGACUGAAAUAUUACACAAUGACUUGUACAAUGUUGGAGGCUACUGUAGCGCAUAGGUUAGCAUGUCCGCCUACGACGCUGAACGUCUGGGUUCGAAUCCUGAUGAGACUAUCAGAAAAAAAUUUGAACGGUGGUUUUCCCCUCCUAAUGCUGGCAACAUUUGUGAGGCACUACGCCAUGUAAAACUUCUCUCCAAAGUGGUGUCGCAUUGCUUCACGCCGUUCGGACUCGGCUAUAAAAAGGAGGCCCCUUAUCAUUGAGCAUAAAACUUGAAUCAGACUGCACUCAUUGAUAUGUGAGAAGUUUGUCCCUGUUUCUUAGUGGAAUGUUCAUAGGAAAAAUUUGCAAAAAUUUGCUUCUACAAUGUUCAGCAUUCAUUUAUGGUCCGAAUCGGACUAUAACUUGAUAUAGCUCCAAUAGCACAACAGUUCUUAUUCAAUAUUCUUUGUUUGCCUAAAGAGAGAUACUGCGCAUAGAACUCGACAAAUGCGAUCCAUGGUGGAGGGUAUAUAAGAUUCGGCCCGCGCCGAACUUAGCACGCUUUUACUUGUUUUUUUUUUCGAUUUUAUCCCACUUUGCGCCGGGCGAAUAGGUAGCAUUCGAUUGAGGUGUUUGCGCUUUCCACCAACAUGGUGAUUUGAAUUUUAACAAGAAUAUGAGAGACAGUGGUAUCCCCAAAUUAAUGCUAAUGGCAUAUAUGUGGCCUUGUAAGACUGCUUUCAGACUCGGGUAUACUCGUCAACAAAAAGUCUACUAUGAUCGAGCUAAAACUAUAUAAGGUCGGUACUCAAGGAAAUAAUAGAAGUCUUCCCUCUGCUCCUUAAUACAGUAAUUGAGACAGAAAUGCAUACUAAUAACCAAUUCCUUUUUGUCAUUGGAUAUCUCGGUUUAGGAUUACUUUGCCAUCAUAAUCCUGCCUGUACUGAGGAUUAUCAAAAUGACAUUCUUUUGCUUUAAAUAUUGAUUUUCUUUUCUUUGUUGUUUUUUUUGAAAACCCUAAGCUUCUGUUAACAUAAACUGCAAUUCACAUUUAAUUGGUGGUCAGCAGACUUAACACAUAUUAAGGAAACCUUUGAAGAAAUCACUUUUCAACUACUAAUGACACUUUUAAAAUGUCAAAAAUGUAUUCAUAGGACAUAAUUAAACAAACAUACCUACAUACAAACGAUAUGAUAA